CACUGACUUUAUCUGCUGUCUUCUCAAGACUAGAAGAAUUGUUUAUGCACUACAUACUCCUUCUCCAUCCAUGUCUGGGUUCCUCUUUGCUUGCUACCUUGCCCUGCUACUGCUACUACUAGUCUUCCAAACCAGCAACUGCAACGAUACCAAUCUCUGUGCCCCUUCAUGUGGAAAUCAUAAUAUUAGCUACCCUUUUAGCCUAGAAAGUGAUCCAUCUUACUGUGGAAAACCUCACCAUACCCUCCACUGCGAGAAAAAUAUCUCCACAGUAUUGUAUUUGAAGUCGAGAAAAUACUACGUGCAGGCAAUCAACUACAACAACUUGACAAUUCGAGUGGUGGAUUCUGGGGUUAUAAAAAAUGAUUGCUCUUCUCUUCCUAAUUUUACUUUGACAUAUGCAAGCCUAGAUGAUUUCAUGAAUCCAUAUACAUGGUUUCAAUACAAAAUGACAGAGCGGAAACGGAUUCCUCGAUACAAGCUUCUACCUUUAUCGCAGAUGAUGAUUUUUAUUAGCUGUGGAAAUCCAGUGAAUUCUCCUCUGUACGUAGACACUGGUACUUGCCUUCAUGGAGCAAAAUCUUCCAAUGUUUCUCCCUUGAUGCAUUCUUAUGUGAAUGUUGCUGGCAUGAAGGCCUCGGAGUUGAUGAAACUGUGCAGCUUAGAGAGGAUGACGUUGUUGCCAGCCAAGGAUUACAAGAAUAUAUCCUUUAAGGAAAUUCACAGUCAGCUGGCAUAUGGGUUUGAGCUUUCAUGGCACAAGAGCAAGUGUGGAAGCUGUGCAUCUAUUUGCUACAUCGAUGAUUCGAACCAGACAAAAUGCGCAGGUGGGCAAUAUUGAGGGCCAAAAUUUAUCUUUGGGAGUCCUUUUGUGAUUGCAUUCUUGAUCUAUAAAUGGCAACGAAGACAUCUAUCAGCAUAUGACACAGUUGAGGAAUUCCUACACACUCAUAACAAUCUUAUGCCAGUAGUAAGGUAUUCUUAUUCAGAGAUUAAGAAGAUGACCGGAGGUUUCAAGGAAAAGUUGGGUGAAGGAGGUUUUGGUUGCGUGUAUAAAGGAAAGCUUCGCAGUGGACAUUUUGCAGCGAUAAAAUUGCUGGGCAAAUCCAACGCUAAUGGACAAGAUUUCAUCAAUGAAGUCGCUACCAUUGGAAGGAUUCGCCACACCAAUGUAGUGCAACUAGUUGGUUUUUGUGCUGAGGGAUCAAAGCGCGCUCUUGUAUACGAUUUCAUGCCCAAUGGAUCUCUCAAUAAUUUCAUCUUUUCUGAAGAAAGAUCUGUCUCUUUAAGCUGGGAAAAACUGCAUGAGAUUUCCCUUGGAGUGGCUCAUGGCAUCGAAUAUCUACAUCGAGGUUGUGAGAUACAGAUCCUACAUUUUGACAUCAAGCCUCACAACAUUCUACUCGAUGAACAUUUCACUCCAAAAGUUUCUGACUUUGGACUUGCUAGGUUGUGUCCACCAAAUGAGAGUCUUAAAUCUCUCACUGCAGCGGGGGGAACGAUAGGUUACAUGGCGCCAGAACUGUUCUACAAGAACAUCGGGCGCACCUCAUACAAAGCUGAUGUUUAUAGCUUUGGAAUGUUGCUAUUGGAAAUGGCAGGCAGAAGGAAGAAUCUGAACGUAUUGACAGAGAAUUCAAGCCAAAUUUACUGGCCAGAUUGGGUUCAUGAACAAGUCUCUAAUGAGAAGGCUAUAGAGAUUGGAGAUGGUGGCACAGAAGAGGAAGAAAAGAUAGUCAAGAAGAUGAUUAUUGCAGGGUUGUGGUGUAUACAAAUGAAUCCUAUGAAUCGCCCUGCAAUGAAUGAAGUUGUGGAGAUGCUUGAAGGAGAUAUGGAAAGCCUGCAACUUCCUCCGAAACCUGUUCUAAAUCUAUAUGAGAAACCAAUGAGCACUUGUGGAGAGUCAUCUUUCAUGUCUGAUUAUUCUACUGGAUCAGUCAGCUUGAUUGAAAAUGCAUAUAAUUAAGUGAUCUUGUAUGAAAUACUCUGCUCAUGUGCAGGGGAAGGCUUGUCCCAUGAAUGAUACUAGUUCUUUGAUUGUUAAUACCUUAUUUUCUGGUUGUGUAACUAGCUAAGAGAACCCUAGUUGGCUUGUUUGGUUUGAAUUGAUCCACGUUCUUAUCUCAAA